CUCCUCCUCGCGCGUCCAGCAUUCACAAGACUCUCUCGCUGUUCUUCUUGAUUUUCCUGUGUGACCGCUCAAGCGCUCACCGCCGCGUGUGGAAAUAGAACAAGUUGACUACGACAACCUAAUGCAAAAAACGCGGUUGGGAUUGGUGUUCCGGUUCUCCUUCCAUCCGCACGUUUCUGGUGCAGACAACCCCGGAUUCAUGGCCGGGACGACUGCGUUUUACCAGGUUGGGGUGUCUUCCCCGGAUGAAGGAAUGUCUCAUCACCCCUCUGGUGAUGAACCCACCCGAUGUUGUGGACGUUGUCAAAAUGCAAGAUUUCUCGGAUGUUCAGGUACUAUACACUACCCCUCGCCUGUGUAAGGCACUGGAAUUUGACGACCCUGAUUGUGGUAAGGUGGAUGUUGAAGCAGAUGGUAUGCUGGGUGAAGUGGAGCCUGAGGAUGGUGAAUAUGCCGUGGAUGGCGACACAGUAGAUGAUGCGGAGGUAGUCAUGAUAUCACCUCAAGAGGAUGAAUGCCUCCCCUUUCUUUUCUCCCAGAGACUUCCAUCCCCUGUAUCUCAAUUACCCCGUAAUCAUCCGUACCUUCGACCAAGAGCAAGGAAGCUAAUACAGGAAUGUCUAGUCUAAUUUCUUGCAUGGAAAAUAAAUGAGAAACAGGGGUGGUAAGUACAGCCUAAUGAAUAGAUCAACGCAUUUGGCCCGCCAUGUCCUCGGAGUCGCUAUGCACAUGAAGGCCGAC